AUGCGCGGCGGUGCGAUGGUACCGCCUGGCUCCCCCCCCCCAUGCGGUGCGGUGGUAGCGGCCGGGGCGGGGCCGGAGCUGCGCGCGCCGCUGGGGGCGGGGCCUGGGGCAGCGCGGGGCGGCCGGAGCGGCCGGGCGAGCGCCAUGUUCGGGUCGUCGCGCGGCGGCGUGCGCGGCGGGCAGGACCAGUUCAGCUGGGAGGACGUCAAGGCCGACAAGCAGCGCGAGAACUACCUGGGCAACUCGCUGAUGGCGCCGGUGGGCCGGUGGCAGAAGGGCAAGGACCUCACCUGGUACGCCAAGGGCAAGGCGGCGGCGGGCGGCGCGCCGGGUGCUGAGGAGCUGGCGGCGGUGCGGCAGGCCGAGCGCGAGGCCAUGCUGGCGGCGCUGGGCUACGGCAGCGUCCGGCGGCGGCCCACGGGGCUCAGCAAGGAGGACCUGGCCGAGGUGUGCAAGCGCGACGGUGCCGAGCGGGGCCCGGCGGACGUGGACCGCCCGGUGGGACUGGGCAGCUCCAGCGGCUCCGCCGGCCGGCUGAUGUUCUCCAAGGAAGACAAGGAGGCGGCCAAGAUGGGGCUCUCCGUCUUCACGCAUCAAAAGGCGCCGGGCAGCCCCGAGAGGAAGCAGCACAAGGAGGAGAAGGCUGAGGAGCGAGGCUCGGAGAGCGGCAAGAAACCUAAAAAAGAGAAAAAGAAGAAGAAGAAGAAGAAGAAGCACAAGAAGGAGAAGAAGAAGGACAAGCGGCGCGGGAGGGACGCCUCCACCUCGUCGUCCUCCUCCUCCUCUCCGGAGCGGGACGUGAGGCGCCGGCGGAGGAAACCCGGCGACAUGGAUGAUUCCUCCGGCAGCGGCCGCCGCUCGCCCAGCCGGAGCCGCAGCCGCAGCCGGAGCCGGAGCCGGGACGGCCGUGGCCGGCACCCGUCGCCGCGCCGCCGCGGCAGGAAGAGGAGCGGCAGCCGGUCGCCGUCGCGCCGCCCGCUCGCAGGACCCAGGGAGCCUGGCGCUCGGCCCCGCAGGUCUUAAAUAAUCUAUAUUUUUUUAAAGGUGUUACCGGAAUUAAAGUCGCAGCUCGGCAGCCGCGGGCAGGGAGAGUCCGGCUGUUGGCGACAGCACGGGAAAGCCCUGCGUCCGCGUGGGACGGACCCGGGCGGAGAGCGGGGAUGCGUCGGCGCCGACCCAGUCGCACGCGGCCGCCGAGAUUUUAAGGGACGUGCUUUGCCACGGAGGAUGGUUCGGGACGGCUGGUUGCGGCUGCAAUGCUGCGCGCUCUCUGCCCCCGUCUGCUGUUUAGUUCAAAAGGACUUGGAUGCGAGGAUUACCCUUUUUUUUGUUUUUAAUCUCUCUUCUUUUAAUGCUCUUAUUAUUUCUGUUGAAGAGCCUGAUGGACAGUGGCUUUCCUUAAACCAUCCGUUACUGCAAAAUACAAAUCUGACCUGGAUGUCAUGAUGCUGAAAAAAGAAAUCCCCGUUUUUGCA